AUGGCUCAGCAUCACCUCAAGAUCAACACAGACAAGACUGAGGUGCUAGUGAUAUCCUCCAAACAAAUGGCCUCUAAGCUGCACAUACCAUCACUGCAAGUAGGAGACGACUCUAUCACCCCUGUUACUAAGGCCAGGGGUGUUGGUAUAACCAUUGACUGUCACAUGACCAUGGAGGCACACAUGUCAUCGGUUGCUGAUGACAGUGAUGGUAUUGAUACUAACAGUGCUGAUGACAGUGAUGGUAUUGAUACUAAUAAUACUGAUGACAGUGAUGGUAUUGAUAUUAAUAGUGCUGAUGACAGUGAUGGUAUUGAUAUUAACAGUGCUGAUGACAGUGAUGGUAUCGAUAUUAAUAGUGCUGAUGACAGUGAUGGUAUUGAUAUUAAUAGUGCUGAUGACAGUGAUGGUAUUGAUAUUAACAGUGCUGAUGACAGUGAUGGUAUUGAUAUUAAUAGUGCUGAUGACAGUGAUGGUAUUGAUAUUAACAGUGCUGAUGACAGUGAUGGUAUUGAUAUUAACAGUGCUGAUGACAGUGAUGGUAUUGAUAUUAACAGUGCUGAUGACAGUGAUGGUAUUGAUAUUAAUAGUGCUGAUGACAGUGAUGGUAUUGAUAUUAAUAGUGCUGAUGACAGUGAUGGUAUUGAUACUAAUAAUACUGAUGACAGUGAUGGUAUUGAUACUAACAGUGCUGAUGACAGUGAUGGUAUUGAUAUUAAUAGUGCUGAUGACAGUAGUAGUGAUAUUAAUAGUGCUGAUGACAGUGAUGGUAUUGAUACUAAUAGUGCUGAUGACGGUGAUGGUAUUGAUAUUAACAGUGCUGAUGACGGUGAUGGUAUUGAUAUUAACAGUGCUGAUGACAGUGAUGGUACUGAUACUAACAGUGCUGAUGACAGUGAUGGUAUUGAUAUUAAUAGUGCUGAUGACAGUGAUGGUAUUGAUACUAAUAAUACUGAUGACAGUGAUGGUAUUGAUACUAACAGUGCUGAUGACAGUGAUGGUAUUGAUACUAAUAAUACUGAUGACAGUGAUGGUAUUGAUACUAACAGUGCUGAUGACAGUGAUGGUAUUGAUAUUAAUAAUACUGAUGACAGUGAUGGUACUGAUAUUAACAGUGCUGAUGACAGUGAUGGUAUUGAUAUUAAUAGUGCUGAUGACAGUGAUGGUAUUGAUAUUAAUAGUGCUGAUGACAGUGAUGGUAUUGAUACUAACAGUGCUGAUGACAGUGAUGGUAUUGAUAUUAAUAGUGCUGAUGACAGUAGUAGUGAUAUUAAUAGUGCUGAUGACAGUAGUAGUGAUAUUAACAGUGCUGAUGACAGUGAUGGUAUUGAUAUUAAUAGUGCUGAUGACAGUGAUGGUAUUAAUACUAACAGUGCUGAUGACAGUGAUGGUAUUGAUACUAAUAAUACUGAUGACAGUGAUGGUAUUGAUACUAAUAGUGCUGAUGACAGUAGUAGUGAUAUUAAUAGUGCUGAUGACAGUAGUAGUGAUAUUAACAGUGCUGAUGACAGUGAUGGUAUUGAUAUUAAUAGUGCUGAUGACAGUGAUGGUAUUAAUACUAACAGUGCUGAUGACAGUGAUGGUAUUGAUACUAAUAAUACUGAUGACAGUGAUGGUAUUGAUACUAAUAGUGCUGAUGACAGUAGUAGUGAUAUUAACAGUGCUGAUGACAGUGAUGGUAUUGAUAUUAAUAGUGCUGAUGACAGUGAUGGUAUUGAUACUAAUAGUGCUGAUGACAGUAGUAGUGAUAUUAAUAGUGCUGAUGACAGUGAUGGUAUUGAUACUAACAGUGCUGAUGACAGUAGUAGUGAUACUAACAGUGCUGAUGACAGUGAUGGUAUUGAUACUAACAGUGCUGAUGACAGUAGUAGUGAUAUUAACAGUGCUGAUGACAGUGAUGGUAUUGAUAUUAAUAGUGCUGAUGACAGUGAUGGUAUUGAUACUAAUAGUGCUGAUGACAGUAGUAGUGAUAUUAACAGUGCUGAUGACAGUGAUGGUAUUGAUAUUAAUAGUGUUGAUGACAGUGAUGGUAUUGAUAUUAAUAGUGCUGAUGACAGUGAUGGUAUUGAUACUAACAGUGCUGAUGACAGUGAUGGUAUUGAUAUUAACAGUGCUGAUGACAGUGAUGGUAUUGAUAUUAAUAGUGCUGAUGACAGUGAUGGUACUGAUACUAACAGUGCUGAUGACAGUGAUGGUAUUGAUAUUAACAGUGCUGAUGACAGUGAUGGUAUUGAUAUUAAUAGUGUUGAUGACAGUGAUGGUAUUGAUACUAACAGUGCUGAUGACAGUAGUAGUGAUAUUAAUAGUGCUGAUGACAGUGAUGGUAUUGAUAUUAACAGUGCUGAUGACAGUGAUGGUAUUGAUAUUAAUAGUGCUGAUGACAGUGAUGGUAUUGAUACUAACAGUGCUGAUGACAGUGAUGGUAUUGAUACUAACAGUGCUGAUGACAAUGAUGGUAUUGAUACUAAUAAUACUGAUGACAGUGAUGGUAUUGAUACUAACAGUGCUGAUGACAGUGAUGGUAUUGAUAUUAAUAGUGCUGAUGACAGUAGUAGUGAUAUUAAUAGUGCUGAUGACAGUGAUGGUAUCGAUACUAAUAAUACUGAUGACAGUGAUGGUAUUGAUACUAAUAAUACUGAUGACAGUGAUGGUAUUGAUAUUAACAGUGCUGAUGACAGUGAUGGUAUUGAUACUAACAGUGCUGAUGACAGUGAUGGUAUUGAUAUUAAUAGUGCUGAUGACAGUAGUAGUGAUAUUAAUAGUGCUGAUGACAGUGAUGGUAUCGAUACUAAUAAUACUGAUGACAGUGAUGGUAUUGAUACUAAUAAUACUGAUGACAGUGAUGGUAUUGAUAUUAACAGUGCUGAUGACAGUGAUGGUAUUGAUAUUAACUUUGCUGAUGACAGUGAUGGUAUUGAUACUAAUAGUGCUGAUGACAGUGAUGGUAUCGAUACUAACAGUGCUGAUGACAGUGAUGGUAUUGAUAUUAAUAGUGCUGAUGACAGUGAUGGUAUUGAUAUUAAUAGUGCUGAUGACAGUGAUGGUAUUGAUACUAAUAGUGCUGAUGACAGUGAUGGUAUUGAUACUAACAGUGCUGAUGACGGUGAUGGUAUUGAUAUUAAUAGUGCUGAUGACAGUAGUAGUGAUAUUAAUAGUGCUGAUGACAGUGAUGGUAUUGAUAUUAAUAGUGCUGAUGACAGUGAUGGUAUUGAUACUAAUAAUACUGAUGACGGUGAUGGUAUUGAUAUUAAUAGUGCUGAUGACAGUGAUGGUAUUGAUACUAACAGUGCUGAUGACAGUGAUGGUAUUGAUAUUAAUAAUACUGAUGACAGUGAUGGUAUUGAUACUAACAGUGCUGAUGACAGUGAUGGUAUUGAUAUUAACAGUGCUGAUGACAGUGAUGGUAUUGAUAUUAAUAGUGCUGAUGACAGUGAUGGUAUUGAUACUAAUAGUGCUGAUGACAGUGAUGGUAUUGAUACUAACAGUGCUGAUGACAGUGAUGGUAUUGAUACUAAUAAUACUGAUGACAGUGAUGGUAUUGAUACUAAUAGUGCUGAUGACAGUGAUGGUAUUGAUAUUAAUAGUGCUGAUGACAGUGAUGGUACUGAUACUAACAGUGCUGAUGACAGUGAUGGUAUUGAUAUUAAUAGUGCUGAUGACAGUGAUGGUAUUGAUACUAACAGUGCUGAUGACAGUGAUGGUAUUGAUAUUAAUAGUGCUGAUGACAGUGAUGGUAUUGAUAUUAAUAGUGCUGAUGACAGUGAUGGUAUUGAUAUUAAUAGUGCUGAUGACAGUGAUGGUAUUGAUAUUAAUAGUGCUGAUGACAGUGAUGGUAUUGAUACUAACAGUGCUGAUGACAGUAGUAGUGAUAUUAACAGUGCUGAUGACAGUGAUGGUAUUGAUACUAACAGUGCUGAUGACAGUAGUAGUGAUAUUAAUAGUGCUGAUGACAGUGAUGGUAUCGAUAUUAAUAGUGCUGAUGACAGUGAUGGUAUUGAUACUAACAGUGCUGAUGACAGUGAUGGUAUUGAUACUAACAGUGCUGAUGACAGUGAUGGUAUUGAUAUUAACAGUGCUGAUGACAGUGAUAGUAUUGAUAUUAAUAGUGCUGAUGACAGUGAUGGUAUUGAUACUAAUAAUACUGAUGACAGUGAUGGUAUUGAUACUAAUAAUACUGAUGACAGUGAUGGUAUUGAUAUUAACAGUGCUGAUGACAGUGAUGGUAUUGAUAUUAAUAGUGCUGAUGACAGUGAUGGUAUUGAUAUUAACAGUGCUGAUGACAGUGAUGGUAUUGAUAUUAAUAGUGCUGAUGACAGUGAUGGUAUUGAUAUUAAUAGUGCUGAUGACAGUGAUGGUAUUGAUAUUAAUAGUGCUGAUGACAGUGAUGGUAUUGAUAUUAACAGUGCUGAUGACAGUGAUGGUAUUGAUAUUAAUAGUGCUGAUGACAGUGAUGGUAUUGAUACUAACAGUGCUGAUGACAGUGAUGGUAUUGAUACUAACAGUGCUGAUGACAGUAGUAGUGAUAGUGAUAAGGAAAGCUAUAUACCAUCUUCAAGGAGGAGGAGAAAAGUUGUUUGUUGUACGUCUCGUGACGUUUGA